AGGAAUCCCCCGAGCGGGCCAAGCUGCUUCCCUGGUGGGCGGCGCCCGGGCCUUCCGGGGGGAGGGCAGCAGGAUGCGCUUUCCGGGGAGGGGCCCAGGGCAAGAUGGCGGCGGUGGUGAGGAUCCAGAGCGACUGGGACCAGGUGCUGAGGAAGAAUGAGGAGCAGGCAUGGCUAAGCUGCAGCAGCCCAGGAAAACCUACUUUGUAUGGUAAGCUGACUUGUCAGGGGGUGAGCUCAGAUGGAAUUCCUGAAGUCGUAGCCUCUGAAGGAUUUGUUGUCAGUGAAAUAACUAAGAAAAGUCUGCUUGUUUCCUGCCCUCGUGAAAAUGCCUCCACCAAAUUUCUGGCACCCUACACAGCCUUCUGUAGAAUCCAUCAAAAAAGCAUUACUUGCCUUGACAUUUCUAGUGGCGGAGGACUUGGAGUAUCAACCAGUGCUGAUGGAGCUAUGAAAAUUUGGCAGGCUGCUAAUGGAGAAAUAAGAAGAUGUCUGGAAGGCCACGUCUACGAUGUGAAUUGCUGCAGAUUUUUCCCGUCAGGCAUUGUGGUCCUGAGUGGGGGGAUGGAUGCCCGGCUAAAGAUCUGGUCUGCGGAGGAUGCCAAAUGCGUGGUAACAUUUCAGGGUCACAAAGCAGGAAUUCUGGACACAGCCAUUGUGGAUCGAGGAAGGAAUGUGGUCUCAAGUUCUCGGGAUGGCACUGCCCGCCUCUGGGACUGCGGGACAUCGUCCUGCCUGGGGGUUGUCGCAGAUUGUGGCUCUCCAGUCAAUGGUGUCGCUUUGGGUGAGGCCGACAACACCUUAAACUUGGGCUCUCCCGAAAAAAUACCUAGUGAGCGUGAAAUCGGAACAGAAGGGAAACUCCUGCUGUUGGCUCGAGAGGACAAAAAGCUGCAAGGGGUGGGGUUGCAUAGCAGGCAGCCGGUUUUUCUGUUUGUCGGCUCAGAUGCAUUUAAUUGCUGCACAUUCCUCUCCAACAUCUACCUUCUUGGCGGCACGCAAGAUGGAAAUAUAUACCAGCUGGAUGUGCGAAACACCAGGGCUCCAGUUCGUGUUGUCCAUAGAUCAGGAGCACCGGUUCUUUCUCUGCUCCCUUUUAGAGAUGGAUUUAUUGCCAGCCAAGGUGAUGGAACCUGCUUUAUUAUGCAGCAAGAUCUUGAUCAUGUGGCUGAGCUCACUGGGCCAGACUGCGACCCCGUUUACAAGGUGGCCACAUGGGAAAAACAGGUGUACACAUGUUGCAGAGACGGAACAGUGAGGAGAUACCAGCUUUCAGACCUCUGACUUUAUGAAAGCCAUGAACACUGCGCUAUGAAUGCUGGACGCACUUCAGGGAUUACUUGAACACCUAUUUGAAACAAGUCAUAUAUCCGUGUCCCCCGUUUCCAGGACUUUGUACGGUAGCGUGAAUAGAGCACUCAGGCGUGAGAUGUAGGGGCCACUUUGAGAGCACCCAAGAUCAAGCUGUAGUUAACCUUCCUGCCGAGAGAUGUGAACACGGCAGCUUUGAAAGUUUAAAGCCGUUUCCCUGCGCCGAACAGCACGGAAAGUUUGUUGGGUCAAUAGUGCCCUUUUUGUGUUUGCAAAAGUGUUUUUCAUACCCACUUUGUGGCUGGUGGUUGUUCCUAAGUGAGGGGAAAGGAGCUGAUGUGAGCAAGGCAAAGGGAGGCCAGCGGAUGUCAAUAGAAAGGGGUGUAUUGGAAUAACCCCUGCUCAGGCUUGCCUUGAGCUGCAAACUGCAGCAACCUUUUUGUUUCCAUCUCAUGCCCUCCUUGCAGAAUUACUCGUCUGUGGCAAUUCUCACUGCCCACCAGUAAGCAGUCUGCUAGUUGUAAGUUUCCAUCUUCAAAUAAAGCUGCUUUGAUCUCAA